UAAUUAAUCGAGACUAUUUGCACAUGGCUGUAUUUUUAGUUGUGAGACUAAAAAAUAACAAAACAAAAUAUAUCCGAAAAGGUCACAAACCAAGCGUUAGCUCCAUAUUUUUUUGAUGGAUCACAUCGAGGAAAUACGCACUCGAGUUCAGCUGUUAGAACAUACAGUUGACAAUGUUCACAGUACUGACUUUCCUGGCAGCUAUGACGGUUAUGAUGACACAUGGAGUCAGAGCAAAUUUGAAAAGAAUUUUAUAAUCAAUAUCAUCGACAUCAAUGAAGACAAUAUGGAGUUUGAUAUGAUAGGAGUGGAUUGCUCAAUCGCUAAUGCCUUCAGGCGAAUACUUCUAUCUGAGGUGCCAACUAUGGCUAUUGAGAAGGUCUUCGUAUACAACAACACAUCCAUUAUCCAGGAUGAAGUUCUUGCUCACAGACUCGGUCUCAUUCCCAUUAAGGCUGAUCCCAGGUUGUUUGAAUACAGACAGGAAGGUGACACAGAAGGUAGUGCUGAAGACACCAUUGAGUUCCAGCUGAAGGUGAAGUGUACAAAGAACCCACAACCAAAAGAUUCCACACGUCCUGAUGAGAUGUACAAAGAUCACAAAGUGACAACUAACUAUAUGAAGUGGGUUCCUGUGGGCGACCAAGCAAAUAUAUUUAAUGCAGGUGAUAUAAGACCAGUAGAUGACAUUCUCAUAGCAAAGUUACGGCCAGGUCAGGAACUGGAUCUGAAGAUGCACUGUGUCAAAGGUGUAGGGAAAGACCAUGCCAAGUUUUCCCCUGUUGCCACAGCGUCGUACAGACUUCUGCCUGAAAUCAUUCUCACACGUCCAGUCGAGGGAGAGAAAGCAGAGAGGUUACAGAAGUGUUUUUCUCCAGGAGUUAUAGAACUUGAUAACAUUGAUGGGGUACUUCGUGCACGCGUCGCAAACCCGAGACGAGACACCUGCAGUCGAGAAGUUUUCCGCCAUUCUGAUCUUAAAAACUGUGUCAAGCUGAAUCGAGUUCGAAAUCACUUUAUAUUUUCAGUGGAGUCCACUGGCAUUUUACCUCCCGAUGUGCUGGUGUCCGAAGCGAUUAAAGUGUUAAUGGAAAAGUGCAGGACUAUGUUGUCUGAACUGAACCACACAACAGAUUCAAAAUCCACCGAAACUUACUGAAACCAGUUUGUGUAAAAAUGACAAGCACUGUACCAAAACACUUCAUAGCUGAUUUAUCAAAGGCAGUGUGUGUGGAAAAAUUUAUAAAAGAUCUCUUGCUGUUAGCCUAUGUGACAGGUUUCGCUUCUGACAAAGGAUGGAUACAGAGUCACGAUUACCAUGUGAGAUACCUUGUUGAGGUGUGAAACAUUACUUUUUCUAUCUAGAGCAAAGGAUUCUGAAUGGAAAAUGUUAUAAUAAAUGACACUCAAGUA